AAUGCCUGGCAGCGCAGACUGCUCUAGCGACACGGCGGGGACAGAGCGGGAGGAGCACAUGAGUUGCCCGGAGACUGAGAGGAGCGGAGAUGAGGAGGAUGAUGAGAUCCAGGAGGUACAGAUCACCGGGGAGGAGUACGGGGAGGAUGAACUGGAGUGGGAGGCAGAGUGCGCAGACCCCAGCAGCUGCUCCGCUAUGGAGACAGAAGCGGUCCGUAUGCGCAGUACGGACCAGUGCAGCGGGUUGGGACCGGGAGCGGGGGCGGACCCCGGACUGUUCCACAUCACCGGACUGGACUCUGAUCCGGAGGGAGACCUGCAGCGGUCUGACCGCUCCAGACUGAGCGAGAACACUCGCCUGGCUACUAGGUACGCAGUCAGGAUCUUCCGGGAGUACCUGAGUGAGAAAGCCCAAAGUCCUGACUUUGAAACUCUGGACAAGGAAGCGCUGUGCGCGGUCCUGCGCUCCUUCUACGCGGAGGCGCGAUCGAAGAGCGGCCAGCUCUACAGCAAGUCCUCUCUCAUCAGCAUCCGGAGUUCUCUUAACCGCUACCUGAAUGAGCCGCCUUACUGUCGCACCCUGGACCUCACCAAGGACCCAGAACUGCGCAGCGCCAACCUGACCCUGGCCGCAGUCAUCAGAAAGCUGGAGGAGCAAGGUGCUGGUCCCGUUGUGCAAAAACAGGCUAUUACMCGGGCGGACCUGAGAAAACUCUACACCUCUAGUGUGUUUAACACCGAUACGCCGUUCGGGCUUCUCAACAAAGUGUGGUUCGAGACAUGCAUGUAUUUCUGUACGAGGGGGAGAGAGAAUCAGCGCGAGCUGGAGGAGGAUUCAUUCGGGCUAGCCAUAGACGAGGAUGGGAGAAAGUUUAUCUAUUUCAAAGCGCUGGGGCCGUAUCACAAGUCUCGCUCCGCGCCCUGGACUAAAAAAAGACCAGACACGGAUGAUGAUACUCUGCCGCGCAUGUAUGAGACGGCCACGGAGUUUUGUCCGUAUGCCAGUUUUGUGAAGUAUGUCUCGAAACGGAACCCGGUGUGCAAAGCGUUCUUCCAGCGCCCGCGAGACCACUGCUGCUUAAGCGACAUGACAUGGUACGAGAACAAAGCAAUCGGUAAAAACCUGCUGGGCACGAGGAUGCAGAUGCUGUCGCGUGCUGCCAAGCUUUCAAAGACCUACACCAACCACUGCAUCGGCGCCGUCUCCAUAGCAACGCUCAACAGCAUCGCCGGUAUCGGGUCAAAGUCAGUGUCCCUUCACGUUGCCUCGGAAACGGUCAAUGGUGGCGCACAGUCUUAUCUCCAGCUCGUGAUCCCAUAUAGCCGACAGGUCACGGACGCAGUGGAACUGAAGCCGCAGAGAACGACAAGGAAAUCUCGUUCUCACUGCCCCGGCGACGUCUCUGGCCCUCCAUCACCUAAGAAGAUCUGUGUGCGUUCCUUGGAACGCGGAGAGUCCCCGGUGGUCAUAGUGGACGGUACCGAGCCCGUGGACGCCCGAUCCCCGGAGCCCCACGGUCAGCCGCCCGCUCCUUUACCAGCUGGCGUGGUAGCAGCGCAGGAUAGCCGUAAUAGCAGCAUGGCCAGCCGGCCACUGGUCUCCCAGACCCCUGCCUCUCCGCUGGGCUCAGGGGGCAUCCCCACCCCCGCACAGCUCACCAAAACCAACGCCCCUGUACACAUAGACGUAGGAGGUCACAUGUACACCAGCAGUCUGGCUACACUGACCAAGUACCCAGAGUCACGGAUUGGUCGUCUGUUCAACGGGACAGAGCCCAUAGUGUUGGACAGUCUGAAGCAGCACUACUUCAUAGACCGAGACGGUCACAUGUUCCGCUACAUCCUCAACUUCCUGCGGACGGCCAAACUGCUCGUUCCCGACGACUUCAAAGAYUACUCUCUACUCUAUGAGGAGGCCAGGUUCUUCCAGCUAUCUCCACUACAAGCAGAAUUAGAACGCUGGAGGAGUGAGCGUGAGGCCAGGAAGGUGUGGCGUGUGUGUGAGUGUGUGGUGGUGCGUGUAGCUCCAGAGCUGGGGGAGAGGAUCACUCUGAGUGGAGACAGGGCUCUGAUCGAGGAGGUGUUUCCAGAGGUCGGGGACGUCAUGUGUAACUCCCUGAACGCAGGCUGGAAUCAUGACUCUACUCACGUCAUACGCUUCCCACUCAACGGAUACUGUCACCUCAACUCUGUACAGGUGUUGGAGAGGUUGCAACAGAGAGGAUUCGAGAUAGCAGGGGCGUGUGGCGGGGGAGUAGACUCCUCCCAGUUCAGCGAGUACGUCCUACGCAGGGAGGGAAGUAGCAACGGACAGCGUGGCCACACCCUCAUCRGCAUCAAACAGGAAGCACUGGACUAAGCCCGACCUAGGUCAGA